GUUUGUGGUCGGAAGGCGACCUAGCGGAGCUGAGGUGUCGCUUCGCCUGCGGCUUUUCCGGGUCUGUUCGCCGCUCCGCGGAGGACUCUGGCUGCACGGACGGCGGCGAUGCGACAGCCGCAGGGCCAUCUGGGGUCUGGUGGCUGACGUCCGCACCUUCUUCCCGCAGCGGCCUCUGCUCCAGGGUUCGGCUUGGUGAGGGUCGCGUCGCCCGGACCCCCAGACCCUCACCAUGACCGCGGCCGCCACCUCCAAGUGGGGGCUGGUGACGAACGUCGUGAACAGCAUAGUGGGGGUCAGCGUCCUCACCAUGCCCUUCUGCUUUAAGCAGUGUGGCAUCGUGUUGGGGGCCCUGCUCUUGGUCUUCUGCUCCUGGAUGACACACCAGUCAUGCAUGUUUUUGGUGAAGUCGGCCAGCCUGAGCAAGAGGAGAACCUAUGCUGGCCUCGCGUUCCAUGCCUAUGGGAAGGCGGGGAAGAUGCUGGUGGAGACCAGCAUGAUUGGGCUGAUGCUGGGGACCUGCAUUGCCUUCUAUGUUGUGAUUGGUGACUUGGGUUCCAACUUCUUUGCUCGGCUGUUUGGGCUUCAGGUGACCGGCAACUUCCGUGUGUUCCUGCUCUUUGCUGUGUCCCUGUGCAUCGUGCUCCCGCUCAGCCUGCAGAGGAACAUGAUGGCCUCCAUCCAGUCCUUCAGCGCCAUGGCGCUGCUCUUCUACACCGUCUUCAUGUUUGUGAUUGUGCUGUCCUCCCUUAAGCACGGGCUCUUCAGUGGACAGUGGCUGCAGCGGGUCAGCUAUAUCCGCUGGGAGGGCGUCUUCCGCUGCAUCCCCAUCUUCGGCAUGUCCUUCGCUUGUCAGUCCCAGGUGCUGCCCACCUAUGACAGCCUGGACGAGCCAUCAGUGAAGACCAUGAGUUCCAUAUUUGCUUCCUCCCUCAACGUGGUCACCACCUUCUAUGUCAUGGUGGGGUUUUUUGGUUAUGUCAGCUUCACCGAUGCCACUGCUGGCAACGUGCUGAUACACUUCCCCUCCAAUCUGGUGACAGAGAUGAUCCGCGUGGGCUUCGUGAUGUCCGUGGCUGUGGGCUUCCCCAUGAUGAUUCUACCAUGCAGACAGGCCUUGAACACACUGCUCUUUGAGCAGCAGCAAAAAGAUGGGACUUUUGCGGCUGGAGGCUACAUGCCCCCACUCCGGUUUAAAGUGCUCACGCUCUCAGUGGUGUUUGGAACCAUGGUUGGUGGAAUCAUGAUCCCUAAUGUGGAGACCAUCCUUGGCCUCACAGGAGCGACGAUGGGGAGCCUCAUCUGCUUCAUUUGCCCAGCUCUGAUCUAUAAGAAGGCCCACAAGAGUGCCCUCUCAGCCCAGGUGGUGCUCUGGGUUGGCCUGGGUGUUCUGGUGGUCAGCACGCUCACCACCCUGUCUGUGAGUGAAGAAGCCCCCAUGGACUUGACACAGGAAGCUCGCAGCGGCCGGCAAGGAGAGGCUGAGGGCAGGAUGAAAGCAGAGGUGGCCCGGCUGUCAGUUCAGGAUCCUGUUGUGGAUGUGGCUGAGGACAGCCGGGAGAGGCCAAAGCCACCAGAGGAAAAAGGGGAACUGGAGCAGGCCCAGAUCAAGGGUCCUGUGGAUGUGCCUGGAGGGGAGGUCGCCAAGGAGAAGCAGGAGGCUGCACAACUUGAUCGCCCUGGUCAAGGCAUUGCUGUGCCUAUGGGUGAGGCCCACCGCCAUGAGCCUCCCAUUCCUCAUGACAAAGUGGUGGUGGAUGAAGGUCAAGACCAAGAAGUGCCAGAAGAGAAAAAAUCACCUCCCAGACACACAGAUGGAGGAGAUCCUGAGGGAAAGGGGCAGGUGGUACCACCUCCACCUGAGCCGGAGAAGGAGAAACAGGAGCUUGAGAGGGGAGAGGCAGGAAAGAGACCUGAGCAAGCCCCAGCUCUGGAGGACACUGGUGAACAUCCCCAGAAGGUUCCAGAAGCAAAUCGUCAGCCACCUGUUCAGCCUGGGAAGGAAGACUCCAGACCAAGUGACAGGGAUCUACAUCCAGGGCCCCAGGCAGUGAUGUCUGUGGAGAGGAAUGCCCUGGCAGUGGGUGAGGGGGAGGAGGCCGCACCGAGGGCUGCAGGGGUUCCAAUGAAGCCCAUGGAGAGCUACCCAGAGAAGGACCUAGACUUCUCACCAAACCGUCUGAAUCUCACGUGUGCAGGUGGGAAGGUGGUCCUUCCAGCACAGAGGCCAGAGGCUGCAGAGCAGAGGGAGGCUGAGCAGCCAGUUGAAGACCAGGCGGGCAGCAAACUGGAGGCCGAAAUUAAAAAGAUAGUAGCAGAAGCUGGCAGGGCUGAGAUGCUGGACCAUGCCGUCCUGCUGCAGGUGAUCAAAGAGCAGCAGGUGCAGCAGAAGCGCCUCCUGGACCAGCAGGAGAAGCUGUUGGCCGUGAUCGAGGAGCAGCACAAGGAGAUCCGUCAACAGCGACAGGAGGAUGAGGAGGACAAGCUGGACAGACCUAGGCCUGAUGUGCAGCGGGAGCCUGGAAUGGCUCUACCCAGAGGACAGGAAGAGGAAGCCCGGGAUGAGCACGCCGGAGAGACAGUGGAAGGUGCGCCUUUGCAACCUGUGCUUGGAGCUCCUGGGAGUCACGCUGCUCCAUCCCAAGAGGGGACCGUCAAGAUGGGGCUGGGUAGAGCCCCCGCUGGCCCUCCUGCUGGUGGCUCUGACACAGAGCCCCAGGGAGUCGAGACUGAGCUGAGGGAAGACCAGAAGGCUGCUGCAGUAAAGGUGGCUGGUGCUGUACGGGAGCUGGGCCCCCAGGAACUUCCCAAGCCAGACCCUGCUGGGCUACUAAAAAGUCAGGAGAAGCACCUUGUAGAGGAAGUCCCCGGACAGAGCCAAGAUGUCCCUGGUGGAGGUUCCCAAGAAAAGAAGAAAAGUGGAGAGGUGACAGCCACUGACACCCAGAAGGAGGCUGACCAGCCUUUGGCAGCGGCAGAGUCCAGGAACUCUCACACAAAGUCUAGGCAGUUGGGACCUGCCGGAGGCCCAUCUACCAAGCCAGCAGGUAUGGAUUUACAGCCCCGGGCCAUCUCUGACAAGGGCCAGGGUGCUCGCCCGGAGGUAAGAAAGGACGCCUCCAGAGAAGUUCAGAGACCUUCUGAAGAGCAGCAGAGAGUGAGGGAGGACGCCGCUCUCCAGGAACCUCAACAGAGGCCAGACCUGAACUCUGGGCCCAGGCUAGCUGUCCCUGGGGGUCGAAAGUCAGAGAAUGCCAAACCCAACCGAGACCUCAAAGUACAGGCUGACUCUGACCUCCGGAGGAGACGUCGGGAUCUCGCCUCUCAACUAGAAGGGGAGCCAGCUUCAAAGGAUGGAGUCAUCAUCAGCUUCAACCCCCUGCCUGAUGUCCAGGUGAACGAUCUCCGCAGCGCCCUAGACACCCAGCUCCGUCAGGCUGCAGGGGGUGCAUUGCAGGUGGUCCACAGCCGGCAGAUUAAACAGUUGCCUGGAGAUCUGGAGGAGGCCUGAGAACCUGCUCAUGGGAAAGCAGCUGUCAGACACCGGAAGCAGCGGAUCUCUGGCAGCAGUGACUGUGGAGAUUGUGGUCUUAGGUUCCCAGGGACUGCUGUCUGUGGCCCUGAGGAUUGUGAACGUCUGACCAUCCCCACUGCCUACAGCCCUUGACAGACAUUGUGUAGUGCUUGCUACUUACUGCUUGCUCUGCCCCAAGAGUAACUUGGGCCUUGAGCCAGUCCAGCAGGGGCAGCACUGUGGCACCUCUUUAUGGGUCCGUGCCAACUCACCUGUCCCACCACGUUGAAGUCCACUGGCACUGCUGGUCGCCUGUGCUCUAAUUCACAUCCUCUGCUAGGAUCUUGGUCUCACCCUGGCUUGACGUGUCCCAGGUUCUCCGUGAUAAUGGGGCACCUACAGUGGGUGUUGGAAUCCCCUGCUGGGGGAGGCUUCGGAGAGGGUAGGGGCUGGGGGAGGGGGUGGGAGGCCCUCCUGCUUUCUGUCACCCACACUCUUUGAAGUCAAUUAUGAAACUGAAAAAAAUAAAAAACACUGUAACCCCUGGUGA